GCUUCUUGCGGUAUCGGACUGUAUAAGAGGCGUGAGAGGCCUUCAAGAGAACAAUGUCUCCCGUUCGUCUCUGCUUGAUAACUACUAAUGACCGAGACCCCUGGAAGAUCCUGUUCUUGACCUGCUCCGAGCAUGGCCAGGCCAACUCUCACCUAGCUAUUAUAAGCUCCCUUCUGAAGAAUUCCAAAGACGGCAUCGACAUACAUCUUGGGUCUUCCAGCGACUGCCGAGAUCGAGUUCCGGAGGGUGUAAUCUUCCACCCCAUCGUAGGAUUUUCCGCCACGGAUAGACUCGCCCGAAGACAUGGGCUGAAUGGGAAGGCUGCUAAGGAGAAAGCCAUGGAUAUCUUGUGCGCUGAUCCCUGGUUUUUCAACUCUUUGAAAUGGUCCACUGUCAUGUUCCCAAUCACACACUCCGAGCCUGUCGAAGAAUACAUUGAAACAGCACACGAUGUCGAAAGACUCCUCCGCGAGCUCAAGCCGGACCUCGUCAUUGUCGACACCAUGUUUGGCCCGGCCAGAGAUGCUAUAGGCAAGAUGGCUGAUGUACGGUUCAUAACCCUCAGUCCAAAUACGAUAAAGGAGCUUGCUGUGGGGGAUCAGGGGCUUGGUGCUUUUUUGUGGCCUGCGCAUACGACAGGCUUCCCCUUCCCCGUCCCUUGGUACCUCGUGCCCCUCAACAUAAUCGCCCUCCUCUUUCCCCUCCUAUACUUCACCUUCAGCUCGUACUACAAAGCCUUUGACAAAGCUCGACAUGCCAACGGGUACCGAAAGAGAGUUCCUCUAUUCGAAGUCACGCAAGUGCGGCCAAGCAAGACUCUGUGCAUGUCAACGCCAGGGGCCGAGAUCCCGGCUAUCAUCCCAGAGUCUCUUCUCUGCUGUGGGCCUAUCCUCCAAGCUUCCACGCCUUUGGAGCUAGCGGACAAGGAGCUGUAUGAUUGGGUUACAGCGCGACCCACGGUAAUGGUCAUUCUUGGAUCCCACUUUCUUACCAGGGAGCCGGUCGCCAACAAUAUGAUUGCAUCCUUUCGAGUGCUUCUAGACAAGCGCAGGGACAUUCAAAUCCUCUGGAAGCUAAGGAAGUAUGGGGAAUACGAGCUGCAGGGCCUGGAGGAAGUCGGGGAUAGACUACGGGUAGUAGAAUGGCUCGAAGCCGAUCCUUUGGCGGUGCUCGAGACCGGCAACGUCAUCUGUUCUGUCAAUCAUGGGGGUAGCAACAGCUAUCACGAGGCUUUGUUCACUGGCACGCCUCAGGUCCUACUCCCUGCGUGGUUUGAUUGCUUCGACUUUGCGAGCCGUUUGGCCUUCCUCGGCAAUGGUGUCUGGGGCAAUAUGUCUUCGGGGUGAGCUUGUUUAUUAAGAAUUAAGACUUUGACUAUUUCAACCUAGGCAGGCCGAUACUGGCCCUAGGCUCGCUGUUUCUCAACCAGAGUUUACAAAAGCCCUUCUUCGAGUCAUCGGCGCUACUCCCGACGCACCUGAAACCGCCAAGAUUCUCGCCCGGGCGAAAGAGUUGCAGGAUAUCGUCACCGAUAAGGGGACGAGGCUAGGGAGAGAUGUUGCGGCUGCUCAUAUCUUGCACGAGCUCGAGUAUGGCUAUGAUGCACUUUAAGGUCGUCGUCGGGUAUUGAUGCAUACUCAGUG